GGAGCCGCUUUUAGUUUAGUCCACCGGUUCCCAACCCGGGGGUCGGGCCCCUCCGGAGGGUCGCCGGGUGAACCCGAGGGGUCGUCGGUUCUGAUUCGCUGAUCCGGAUUCAGUUCCUGGACUUUUCUCUGAUCUUUGAUUUCCAGUGAAAUAUUGGAUCAUUUCUAACGGUGACUGAAAGGACACGUGAGACGUUUAGAGGAGAAACGUCUCUUUGGUGGAACAGAAAACAACAGAGUCUGAAACCUGGGACCAGGAGACACAGCUACUCGCUGAUGUUUUGUGGAUCAGAGGUUUUUACAAGUGAUCACACACCAGAAGGGCAGCACAGAGGGGUGGAGUCCGGUCCCACAGCCAGGUGCGGCACUUUAAUGCUUCAGUUGGAUGGUUUUCCUACUGGAGACGGUGUUAAGGCUGAUCGAUCGGCUGGCAGACUGACUGGAUCCAUGAUGGAAUUACAGACGUUACAGGAGGCUCUGAAGGUGGAGAUCCAGAUCCAUCAGAAACUGGUUGCCCAGAUGAAGCAGGACCCUCAGAAUGCAGAUCUGAAGAAGCAGCUCCACGAACUUCAAGCGAAGAUCACGGCACUCAGUGAGAAGCAGAAAAAGGUGGUGGAGCAGCUGAGGAAGGAGCUGCUGGUGAAGCAAGAGCCAGAGGCCAAGCUGCAGCUGCAGGUCCAAACUCCUCCAGUAGGCGGCGAAAUCAAGCCUGCCGGCCUGCUGCAGAGCCAGCAGAUACCUGGAGGACUGCAGCAGACGCUGACGGUCACGCCGGUCCUCACCACGAAGACUCUACCUCUGGUGCUGAAAGCCGCCGCCGCGCCGGCCCUGCCCGGCUCCGUCCUGCCGCAACGCCCGCCCACUGUCGCUAUGGUAACCACAGCUAUCACCAAACCCGACUCGCAGAACGCGCCCAUCAACCUGCAGGUGGCCAGCAAGCUGACCAAUCAGAGCUCGGAGCCCGUGCGACUGGUAUCCAAGAACGCCAUGGUGGUGCAGGCCACCACCACCACCACCGCCCAGCCAAUCAAAGUUCCUCAGUUUGUCCCUCCUCCUAGACUGACGCCUCGACCCACCUUUCAGCCACAGGUCAGGCCCAAGCCGGCCACACCCACCAACAUCCCCAUUGCCCCGGCCCCUCCCCCACCCAUGAUGGCGGCCCCCCAGCUGCUCCAGAGGCCCGUCAUGUUGGCCACAAAGCUGUCGUCCUCGCUGCCCUCGGCGGCUCCCAUCCACCAGGUCCGCAUCGUGAACGGACAGCCCUGCAGUAAGACCGGCUCCACCCCGCUGACGGGCAUCGUCAUCACCACGCCCGUCUCUGCCACACCCACCCGCCUCGCGAGCCCCGCCCAGGCACCCAACCCCACCCCCAUCCCCACCCCGACUCCUGCCCAGCCGAUCCAGAUUAGCAGUCUGACCGCUGAGCCCAAGCAGACUGUUAAAUCAGGAGGUGCAGCUGAGCAGAAGGCCGUUGUCAGCCUCCCCUCCUCCUCCACUCCUCCGUUGUCUCCAGCUCCCAGACCCAAGAAAGAGGAGAACCCAGAGAAACUGGCCUUCAUGGUGUCUUUGGGGCUUGUAACACACGACCACUUGGAGGAAAUUCAGAGCAAAAGACAGGAGCGAAAGAGGAGAACGACGGCCAACCCGGUGUACAGCGGAGCCGUGUUUGAACCUGAGAGGAAAAAGAGCGCAGUGAGUUACCUGAACAGCCCUCUGCACCAGGGGACCAGGAAGAGAGGUCGCCCACCCAAAUACAGCAGCGUCCCGGAGCUGGGCAGCCUCACCCCGACCUCCCCCUCCAGCCCCGUCCAUCCCCUCCCCCUGCCCAGCCCCAGCUCUGGGGAUGGAGACAUCCAUGAGGAUUUCUGCACUGUGUGCAGACGCAGUGGCCAGUUGCUCAUGUGCGACACGUGUUCUCGUGUUUAUCACCUGGACUGCCUGGAUCCACCCCUGAAAACCAUUCCUAAAGGCAUGUGGAUCUGUCCAAAAUGUCAAGAUCAGAUCCUGAAAAAAGAAGAAGCCAUUCCCUGGCCUGGUACCCUGGCUAUUGUUCAUUCCUACAUCGCUUACAAAGAAGCUAAAGAGGAGGAGAAACAGAAACUGAUGAAGUGGAGUUCUGAACUGAAACUGGAGCGGGAGCAGCUGGAACAGAGAGUCAAACAGCUCAGCAACUCCAUAACAAAAUGCAUGGAGACCAAAAACAGCAUCCUGGCUCGUCAAAAAGAGAUGCAGCUUUCCCUGGACAAAGUCAAACACCUGAUUCGCCUCAUCCAAGCCUUCAAUUUCAACCAAGCUCUGGCAGAGACAGAGGGUAGAGACGUCAGUGCCAGAGUCCAGGACAGUGCUGAAGGCGCACUCCGCUCUGAAGCUGCACCAGAGGCCAACUCUGUAGAGAAAGUGAAGGCUGUGAGCUCCUCAGCAAACAGCAACACUGAUGGAAACGACAAACAAGAGCAGCAUGGAGCCGCAAGCAGCAACCAGGCGGCGGCGGCGGCGGCAGCAGCAGCAGCAGCGGCAGCAGCGGCAGCAGCAGCAGGAGACACUGACGGCCAGCCUGUCCUGGAAGACAGCGCAGUCCUAGCAGCCGAUACCAGCCCCGGUGUAGGGGCAGGGGGUAAGGCCAAGCCUGGUGUAGGGGCAGGGGGAGGGGGUAACGCAGGGACUGGUCUACAGUCGGAGGUUGUGGCCAAGCCUGAAACGGCUCCGGUGGUUGACAUUCUCGCCGCCUCAGCGGUCACUACUGUUGCCACCACCAACGGUACAGCUGAGUCAGCCUGCCCUGACCACAUUCCCGCAGGGGACUGCACCACCAACGCCACCACCAACUCUGAGAACAAGAUGGCUGCCGUCAACCCUCCAGAGACAGCAGCGGAGAAGAAACAGGAGGAAGUCACUGACAGUGACGGCAGCAACACCAACAACAGCAAAACCUCAGAACCCUCCCAGCAUUCUUUGCCAGCUCUUGUCAGCAGUUUGGACAAUAAAAAGUAAUGCUAUGUCUCUUGAGUUGCGGGAAUUCAAACAUAUAUAUUAAAAAAAAAAAGACUUUUGCUUGCACCAUACGGUGCCCUGAAGUUGCCAAUCUGUAUAAAUGUUGUUUGUUUGCAUUGUAUUGUCAGACUGUGUCAAUGGUAGAUAUACAGCCCAGGUCACAUGGCUCUGGGAAGACGUAGGCUGUUCGCCCACAGAACUGGGGUACGGGAAGGCCUACGUACCAGUGUCAUCAUGCCAAUUAGUGAUAGACGUCAAUGGUGGGAAUGCUCAAAGGGAGAUUUAAUUCAUCAUCACACCAGUGUGUGCCUGUUAUAGUGGCCCCUGUGUUCUUUUGUGGGGUGGGGAGAUGGGUUCAAACGGUUAUGAAGAUAACUGAGAACAUGGAACCAAACAUCUGUCAGGGGUUACUGGUCUAAAAAGCAGUGUUGUGAUAGAGUACUGAAAAGAGAACCUGUUCAUCCCUCAUCCCAAUGAACUUAAUGUGAACAACCUUUAACUUCUGCAAUCCCACAACCCUGAUCUUCAAGCCUCCAACCCUAAACCUUUAUUAACCCUAACCUUAGCCCACAAUCCUUACCCUCCCCUGUCAAUAUGAACCCCUACUUCUCCAGAUCUUAAACCAACUUCCCCCUCAACCUACUACUUAAACUGUCUUCAGUUAACUAAAAAAAAACCAUACAGACUAGCAGCCGUAACAUUCCCCUCAUGACUAAAAUUCAAACUUGCCUUCCCCAGUCCUCCAGCAAUCCAAUGUCACCUCCCUCUUUAAUCCACAAGAGUUCAGCAUGCUUCAAAGGACCUAGUUUGUAAGAAAUGUCGUCCUGAAUGCCCACACUCGCAGGCAGGGUUAAAAGCCUGCAAUGGUUAAGGGGAGCGAGAUGCGGUGAAUCCUAGAAAUGGUGAUAUCGGUGCACACUUCGUAUGAACUAAUCCAUGAACGCAGUUCUAGCACACCUAGUAAAAAACACAUUUUCACAUCUAGCCAAUGGCUGCGUGAAGUUAGCAAUAUUGUUGUAUAGUCUGUUUUUAAAACGUUGUCAGACCUGUGUCAUCCGAAUGCCCAGGAGGCAGAAAGCCUGCCACUGUAGAGAGGAGCGAGAUGCGAUGAAUUCUAGAAAUGGGGGUAUCGCAGCUCACUUUUGGACAGUCUCUUCUCAAACACUUUCAUGGUGUUGCACUCCAUUGUUCACAAUCUGACUAACUUGUAGGUUUAGAAAAAGUUACAAAUCUCGGACACUGCCCCCAAAUUCCAAACUUGUAAAGGUCUUGGGGAAGUUCAGCGUCAGACAUUCAGCUAUCCAACAAGCACUUUGUUUUAAGCGAACUGACGCCAUUUAAUCGACUUCCCUGACCUUCUCACCAAACUACAACUCAAACUGUUUUCAACAAAAAAAAACAACUGUUCCUAAACCUGAACUUACUAGUUCACCAAAAUCUAACCUAACCUCUUCACUGAACCAAAAUAACCUAACUUAUCAACCCUAUCCCAAUAAAUUGACAACCAAAAAUCCCAAAUGACCUCGAUGAACCCUAACUUUCCCAUCAACCAGUGACUUAAAACCGUUUUCAAUCAACAGAAGAACAUACUCUUUCCUAUCAACCAAUAGCAGUAAUUUGGCCAUAGUGACUAAAACCAGAAAUUACCUUCCCCAGGCUGAACACUUAAACUGACUUCCCUCAGUGUCUCAGUCAACAAAAAACCAUAACAUAUCCUACUGACAAGUGGCCAUAGCCGUUUCCCUACUGACUAAAACCCAAACUUAUCUUCCCCCCCCUCUUAAACCCAAAGGGGUUCAGUAUGCUUCAGACAAACUAGAUCAUGCAAAGUUUCGUCCAAACACCAACAGAACAUUACCGUUCUGGCAUCGGAAAGGUGUGGACGAAGUUUCAGACGCUGUUUGACGAUAAAAGAAGCACUUCGUCUGAAGCAUUUGAAGCCUUUUAAACCAACAUCAUUAACUUCCAAAUCAGCCUACAACUUAUAUCGUGUUCAUUCAACAUAAAAAUAUGAGCUUCCCCUAGUGACGAAAACCCAAACUUAGUUUCUCAAGUUUGCCAACAGUCCAAUUUGACCACCUGGAACCCUGACAACCAUAACCCAAUAAACUGAAGAGUCAACCCUCACCCAGUUGACCAAUGACCCAAAUGUCCCCUACCAACCCACAAUCCCAGUUACCCUCCCCAUAUCCAUCUCUUCCCCAACGGUAUCCCUGAGCUCAGGCAGAAAAGACGCUGAGCGUCGCGUUCAGCAGGUACGGAGGACGAGGUCGAACAGGCGCGGUAGCCUAACAGAUGUUUUCAGUGGUGUCGGUCAAGUGUAGUGAUUGAGUUUUCAUUCGUGAGUCAAGUGUGUCAACUGUGAGCACUAAAUGUGAAAUUGCAAUAUUGCAAUGUCAACACACACAAACUAUAUCUGGGCUGUGUUUCUUUUUUAUAGGAAAAGAUAUUCAGGUCUUCCUAGUCUUCAGAAUAAGUGCUUUCUGUUCCUGAACCUGCUGGACUGGCAUUAUCAACACAAAAAGGAAUCCUCUUUUUGAAGUGGUGAUCUUUGCAUUAUGUACAUUUCUGUUGAAUCCUGAACUGCCAAAAUGAUGUUG